AUGCCGUUUCGAUUAAAAGGGGCACCGGCCACCUUCCAACGUGCCCUCGAUAUCAUACUCUCCGGAGUCCGCUGGCAAAUAUGCCUCGUCUAUCUCGAUGACGUUAUCGUGCGUUCGUUCCUCGGGGCGUGUAACGUGUAUCGUCGCUUCGUCAAGGGCUUCUCGAAGAUUGCCCGUCCGUUAACCGAUAUAACGCGCAAGGACUCGGAUCACGAUUUCGAUAACCCAACGAAGGUUCAGCUUCAGGCUUUCGAAAGCCUGAAGGCGGCGAUGAUCUCCCCGCCGAUCCUCGCGCUACCACGGUACGGCCGACCGUACCUGUUGGACACUGACGCCAGUGCAUAUCAACUCGGGUGCACCCUCCUGCAAGAGCACGACGAGCCAAACGAUUGGCCCCCCGUUGGGUACUGGUCGUACUCGUUAAGCGAUAGCGAACGGAACUACAGCGCUACGGAGCGUGAGUGCUUCGCCGUGGUGUGGGCCGUCCGCACACUGCGGCCGUACAUCGAAGGAACCAAGUUCACCGUCCGGACGGAUCACGACGCCCUCCGAUGGCUCAUGUCCCUCACGGAGAGCUCGGGAAGACUCACCCGGUGGCGGCUACGUCUGGCUGAAUAA